GCCGAACUGUAGCGUUGUUCGAAAUGCCCUGACCGGCGUCGGCCUUGCUGUUUACAUUUCGCCCAGGCGCGCACCGAAAUGCCACCGCGACUCUGCGUGAGGUGCAACACCUCUCGGGCUAUGCUGAAUCGCCCGAAAACCCAGGAGCAGGUCUGUCGGGAAUGCUUCUUCACGGCCUUUGAGGAGGAAGUACAUCAGACUAUUGUUGACAACAAGCUCUUCAAGCAUGGCGAGCGGCUUGCAGUUGCUGCCUCAGGCGGCAAGGACUCCACCGUGCUGGCCCAUAUUAUGAGCACGCUCAACGCGCGAUACAACUACGGAUUGGACCUAUUCCUACUGUCCAUUGACGAGGGCAUCACCGGGUAUCGGGAUGACUCGCUGGAGACGGUCAAGCGCAACGAGCAGCAGUACGGCAUUCCGCUCAAGGUGGUGUCGUACAAGGAGCUUUACGGCUGGACUAUGGACGAGAUUGUGUCGCAGAUCGGCACUAAGAACAACUGCACCUUCUGCGGCGUCUUCCGGCGGCAGGCGUUGGACCGCGGCGCGGUGCUGAUGGGUGCCAACAAGAUCGCCACCGGCCACAACGCUGAUGACGUGGCCGAGACCGUGCUGCUCAACAUCUUGCGAGGGGACGUGCCCCGGCUGGGCCGCUGCGCCAACAUCAUCACAGGCGAGGACAGCUCGCUGCCGCGCGUGAAGCCGUUCAAGUACGCGUACGAGAAGGAGAUUGUGCUGUAUGCCUACUACAAGAAGUUGGACUACUUCAGCACUGAGUGCAUCUAUGCGCCCUUCGCAGCGCGCGGCUUCGCACGCGAGUUCAUCAAGGACCUGGAGGCUGCGAGGCCGCUGGCAAUUAUCGACGUGAUUCGCUCUGCCGAGGACUUCGUGUUCGCAGCGGCCUCGGAUGAGAAGCUACCGCAGCCGCGCACCUGCGAGCGCUGUGGCUACAUAUCCAGCCAGCCCGUGUGCAAGGCGUGUGUGCUGCUGGAGGGCCUCAACCGGGGCAUGCCGCGCCUAGGCGUCAGCCGCACUCGUGGGCGGCGUGGCGAGAAGGCGGGGCUACACCCGGACGUCGGCCGAGGCGGUGGCGGUGGUAGCUCGGGGCCUGCUGAGGUGGCAAGUGAGAGCGCGGAAGCCGCCAGCACAAUGCCGGCAGAACGGCAGGGAGGAGGGGUGGCACAGGCGCCAGCAGGCGGGGAGGGUGGUGCUGCGCCAACGACAGCGGGUUGUGCGGACGACGGGUUGCCGCGGUUCGAGGCUUGGGCUAGCGGCGCUGCGGGCGCUGGGGGCCAGACGGCAGCUGAGAAGGUGGCAAGGGCCGCUGUGCGCCAGAGAGGCCCUGUAGAGAUCGUGUACGAGACCACAUAGAACCCUAGAUAGUUGUUUGGCCCCGGCCGCACGGUAUAAGCGCUAACUGACAUGUAGUUGCAGAAGGCUGACAGGGUGCGGUUAGGUAAUCAGGGCGGAUCUUCAUCAGUUUACAGUUACUACGGCACACGCUGUUUGGUAAAGCACUCACUGCUAUGACUGCUAGACAGAGCACACAGGCGGCCGGUUGGACGGAUAUGGCGCGCCGGGAUAGGCAUGCGGUUUGGAGGUAGAGACCUUUGCAGAUGCCCCGCGGCAGGGCUUGCAACCGUGGCGGUGACUGCUGCAUAGGUAACCGAAGAUGCUUAAAGAACCCCAUGCGCACGGUGUCGGAAGAGGGCAUCGUAGCUAGCGUAGGUUGGCCAAUAUUGGCGCAUGCGGUAGGGGCAUCUGCGGGGAAAGCCGCGCAUGACGGCAUGAGGAUAGGCAGGCACGCGGUCCCCGGGUCCCGCAGAGGUGCCGAUGGCCGUGUGCUGUGUGUACUGGUAUGGUGCCGCUUCGGCGUCCAUUACUAAGACCGGACCUUACAGUGCCCUUCACGGGUGCGGCAUGCCCCCAUGGCGUACCGGUAUUAGGGCGAUCCGUGGCUCUCGCCUACGCGGUGUUCCCACACGCCGAAGCAAUGUGUUGAGUUUGCGCCUAGAACAGACGACCACUUAGGAGUCAGGACGGUGUAUUGGGGCUCGCGCUGAGACAGGAUCAACCCAUCUAGCUCCCUACGUCAACGGACCUAGGCCGGACGGCUGGGGAGGACGGCAUUCACCUGUCCUCCAUAAUCUGCACACACAACGCUGCAGCACACACACUCCCAAUCAAUCGGUAUCGCUAUCCAGGCAAUGCCAUCAAUCCGGGUCAGUCCAGAGACGGCCUGUUCAGCGGUGGCCAUGGCGGUGACAAGCGGUGAUGAGGCAGUAUGUUUGCUGCAGCACAAAGGUCGGCCAGACCGUUCUGAAGCCGGG